AUGGUUUAUGUAAUACUCGUCACUGUCAUCGGUGGAAUUUGCAUUCACUACAUUGAGUUGGACUAUAGUCAAGUCUCAUUCAUCGACGCAAUAUUUUUGUGUGUCUCUGGCGGGACAGGGACUGGACUUUCCACCAACGAUGUAUAUUUUAUGAAGACAUCAAGUCAAUUUAUCGUGUCAAUUUGUAUAACAAUAUGUGGAGUUGCCUUUGCGAGUGUUUGUAUUCCAAGCUUUAUUCGAUACUAUCGUUUGAAACAAAUUAUUCCACCAUCCGAGGAGACUACUGAGUGUGAAGAAUACACUUCGACUGACGAGAAAGAUGAUGUCAUUCAAAUCGAUAUAAUAACAUCAGAGACAUCGCCAUAUAAGUACAACUACUCUGUCGAAUUGGGAGCUGUGAAACUCUUUUGUAUCAUUGCAGUGAUGUACACACUUGUAUGUCAAUUCAUCGUUUUUAUGAUCAUUUUUAUCGAUUGCUAUUGCAACAAAAACACUUACGAUGUAUUAACUAAGGACAAAACGUCGCCAUUUUUCUUUUCGUACUUUAUUACAGUAUCGGCGUGGAACAAUGCAGGACUGUCGAUCAACUCUCCACACCUUCAAAUUUCUUCGGAUUAUGUAAUUGUCAUAUCCAUCACAAUUCUUUCAAUUCUUGGCAACUGUGGAAUUCCAAUUGGAAUUCGAUACACAAUCUUUGUGCUCCACAGACUCACCGAACCUCGCAAUAUGAAAAUUUUAACGAAAAACCUUCCGUACUUGUAUAUACUGAAAUCGCCUACAAGGAUAUCUGCAUAUCUUUUCUCUUCGACACAAACGAAGUUAUUACUUGUGAUAUUCUUCUUACUCUUAUUUGUCCAAACAAUGUUCUUUGUCUUGCUUAACAGAGACUGCCAGGUGGACUAUGUUUUGGUGUUAGGACUUGCGCAGGCUGGAGUCACUCGAACAGCUGGGUUCCAGUUUGUCUCGUCGUUUGCAGAACUUCAUGACAUAGUGAAUAUCAUCUACAUUUUCACAAUGUUUGUUGGUUCGUACCCAAUACAGAUGAUCAGAGACUAUCGUGAUAAACAAGUUUCUAUACAGGCAGGGUACUUCCCAAAUAAAAGUAAUUUACAGACGAUGAUAUCAUACUUCUCUGAUAUUAUUUUUUCACAUGCAAUGAUCGUCUUCUUUUUUACUAUAUUUGUGAUGGCAGUUGUUGCGAUGGAAAAACCCGAAGAACACACCGCUUUGACUGUUUUGUUUGAAGUGACAAGUGCGUUUGGCACAGUCGGGUAUUCAUUAGGGUAUCAGAACAAACCGUAUUCUUUUAGUGGUGGUUUAAGUAAUAUAGGAAAAAUAUCAAUCAUAGUAGUCAUGCUUCUUGGCCGUGUUAGAGGGUUUCCUUCACAACUGUAUCCGCCCGAUUACUACAAAACCCACUCCGACUAA